GGAAAAAUAAGAUAUCCGCCGGCCCAGACUCGGGGCAAAUUUCCAACAGGAAAAUAAAUAAAUAAGAGGCUAAUAAUUAUUUUUUGUUUUGCUUAGUGUCAGUACAUGGCUUUUUUAUUCGUUCUCGCUCUCCUUCGCUCUUUCGCUCUCUCUUGAUCGCUCGUUUUGCUUAUUUAUAAGUGUGUCUACAACUCGCACCAGCUCAAAACGCAACAAAGGGUUGAUGCACUGUCGCUCAUACGUGCUGCUGGAAAACAAGGCGCAAUACGGCAUUCUGUCUCUUUCCUAUUUCGACAACCGCGUAUUAACACCGCGCAGGAGCAUCAGCAGCAUCAGACUUUGCUCCCCAACUCUUCCGGCAAAAAUAACAGCCAAAGUAACAGCAAUCACACAAAGAAAAGAUAAACCAGCAUCCAAGCGUUUCUCUUCUUUGCUUUCCACACACACCCCGAUUAUCAGCACAGCUAGAAACAUCACCACCGCCCCCACAAUGCAGGCUGACGAAUCGUACCUUUCGGCCGUCAGAGACCUCAACGGACUGCAGACAAACUACCAGAUCAUCCAGCAGAUCAAGGCGUCGGGCGGAAGAAUCAACGAGUCCAGCAUCCCCGAGUUCGAGGCGUUUUUGGAGAAAAUCGGGCACCCGGUCGCCGACCUCGACAGGCUCAAUGUCAUCCACGUGACGGGCACCAAGGGCAAGGGCUCGACCUGUGCCUUUGUCAGCAGCGUCCUGCAGCAAGUCACGGCAUCGGAGCCGGAGCUGCAGCCGCGGCUCAAGGUCGGGCUCUUCACGUCGCCGCACCUAAUCGAAGUCCGCGAGCGCAUCCAGAUCAACGGACAGCCUUUGUCGCAGGACAAGUUCGCGCAGUACUUUUACGAGACAUUCAACGCGCUCAGGAGCCACCAGCCGCCGCUGCGGCUGGUGACACCAGAGUCACCCACAAUGCCUAUGUACUUCCGGUUCCUGACGCUGAUGGCAUUCCACGCGUUUCUUGCCGAAGGCGUCGACGUCGCUGUUGUUGAGGUGGGUGUUGGCGGCCAGUACGACUCGACCAAUGUUGUGCGGCGGCCAGUGGUUUGCGGCAUUGCGUCGUUGGGCAUUGACCACCAGGGUGCGCUCGGGUCGACUAUCGGGGAGAUUGCCUGGCACAAGGCUGGCAUUAUCAAGCCGCAUGUGCCGGUCUUCACUGUGCCGCAGCCGCCAGAAGCCAUGCGUGUCAUUGCGCAGCGCGCCGAUGACCGCCAGGCGCAGCUCUCUGUUGCCAACUAUGCGUCGGAAACAGCCGCCGGCCGCGCGCUGGGAAUUCCGGGCGACCACCAGCGCACCAACGCGGCGCUGGCCGAGGCACUGAGCCGCGAGUGGAUUCGCUGCAAGCUGCCCGACGCCAACCCAUGUGCCAUUAACCGGUGGGUGGCCGACGGACUGCGCACGGCACAUUGGCCCGGUCGCUCGCAGAAAUUCGUUUCCCCACGCUGCUCUGCGCUCACAUGGCACGUUGACGGCGCACACACGCCCGAGAGUAUGGCGGCCUGCGCCCAGUGGUUUGCCUCUGGCUCCACUGGUGGCUCUGGCUCCACUGGUGGCUCUGGCUCUGCCCCUUGCGUCCUCCUGUUUAACGCCGCCCAUGACCGCAAUGCCCAGGCAUUGCUGGAAACGCUUUGGCGACACACUUCGGCUCAAUGCAAUUUUGUCGCUGCUGUGUUUUGUCCGAAUCUGUCGAUGCGCGCGGACAGCGCGAAUUUCACUGUGCUGGAUGACCAGGCGCUGGCGGCACAGAGAGAGUCGGCGCGCCUGUGGACGCAGACAUCUGGCUGCACGGAUGUCAGUGUGAUGCCGAAUAUCAACGCUGCGGUUGACUAUGUCGAAGGCAGGUUUGGUGCAAAGAGCAGUAGUGCUCCGACCAGGGUUUUGGCGACUGGCAGUCUGCAUCUUGUUGGUGGCGUGCUUGAUGCUGCCAAGGGAUCUCUGUGAUUAACUGAUUUUGCGAUUAAGAAAUUGUUUUUUUUGAUGUUUUUGGAGAUUUUGGAGAUUUUUUCAAUUCAUUGCACUCACAACAGAGUAUAUUGAAUCCAUCGCAUACAGCUAGCA